GCUGCUUAGACUAACCCAGGGCUCUCUGCCACACUCACUCAGGAAAACCCAGCAGGAGAGGGGACCCAGCGCUGGACGCCGAAGUAAACAGACUUAUCCUGAGACGAACACACUGCAAGCUACACACACUCUCUCAGUUCUCUCACACACCCACACACACACACACACACACACACACACACACACACACACACACACACACACACACACACACACACAGGGAGCCGGUGCCACCAUUGGCCAAAUAUCGCACCUCAGCCAGAGAGAAGAGUGAAGAGAGAAAAAGAGAUUGAGAAUCCGAGGAACUUGACCAGCGAUCCACCAUCACAUCUGCCCCGCCACUGACCUGCUCCACUUGUCUGCUCACUACCACAUCCCGCCAGGACUGCAGCCGCCGGAUCAGAACCGCGACCAGAACCGUGACCAGAACCGCGACCAGAACCAGAGCCUCUUCGCCACCCUGCCUUCCAGAGUAGAGUAUGUCCUGCCGACUUGGCCACAGACCCAGCACCGCCCGGUACCAGGCAUGAUCUCCCACUACCCACUGACCUCCCUGCUCCCCUGGACCCCUGUCCCCCACCUGGAGCUGGACAAGGCCCUGCUGGAAGGGGACGGAGGGGUGGCCCUGCAGAGGUACCAGCCUCGCUCCCCCGAGAGCAGCCCGCGACACUGGAGCUCAGUGCAGGACUGGGGCGAGGAGGUGGAGGAGGGGGCCAUCUACAAUGUGACGCUCAAGAGGGUGCAGAUCCAACAGGCGGCAAACAAGGGAGCACGAUGGCUGGGGGCGGAGGGUGACCGCUUGCCCCCUGGCCACACGGUCAGUCAGCUGGAGACGUGUAAGAUCCGCAGCAUCCGCGCCGGCACUCUGGAGCGGCUUGUGGAGACGCUGCUGACCGCGUUCGGGGACAACGACCUGACCUACACCAGCAUCUUCCUGUCCACCUACCGCGCCUUCGCCAGCACACAGGCCGUGCUGCAGCUGCUGCUCGACAGGUACGGCAGUGUGGAGGAUCGUGAGGGCGAGAGUGAGAGUAGUCCCAGCAGCCCCUGUGAGACGCGCGGAGCCGUCAGGAAUGCGCUGGCCUCCAUCCUGAGAGCCUGGCUGGACCAAUGUCCCGAGGACUUCCAGGAGCCGCCGGACUACCCGUGCCUGCAGCGCGUGCUGGCCUUCCUGCAGAGGGCGCUGCCGAGCUCGGAGCCCCUGCGCCGCGCCCAGAGCCUGCUGGAGCAGCUGAGGAGUCAGGCCAGCCUGGAGACUGACACGGACGGAGGUUUCCAUGGAAACAGCUCUUUCUGCCUCGGGGAGGACUUGGACGUGGAGAUUGAGUUGCAAGAGGACUUCCUGUCCUUCGAGACGGACCUGGUGGCCGAGCAGCUGACCUAUAUGGACGCACUGCUGUUUAAGAAGGUGGUGCCGCACCAUUGCCUGGGCUCCAUCUGGUCGCAGCGGGACAAGAAGCAGAACAAGCAUAGCGCGCCGACCAUCCGCGCCACCAUCGCCCAGUUCAACGCCGUGACCGCCUGCGUGGUCAGCACCGUGCUCCGCCAGCGCCAAGUACGGCCGCACGCCCGCGCCCGCUGCAUCCAGCACUGGAUCGACAUCGCACAGGAGUGUCGCAUUCGUAAGAACUUCUCGUCUCUUCGAGCCAUCGUCUCGGCCCUGCAGUCCAACCCCAUCUACAGACUCAAGAGGACCUGGGCCUGUGUGCACAAGGACAGAAUGCAGAUAUUUGAGGAACUGUCAGAAAUCUUCUCCGAUCACAACAACUACCUGACCAGCCGGGAGCUCCUGAUGAAGGAGGGCACGUCCAAGUUUGCCAGCCUGGACAGCUGUGCGAAGGAGCAUCAGAAACGCUCCCAGAAGCGCCUGCAACUGCAGAAGGAAAUGGUCACCUCACUGCAUUCCAUGGACACGACUUCCUCCUCGGCCAGCAACCCCCUGAGCCUGGCGUCCCCCACGCAGCCCUCGGCCCCCCACUGCACUCACCGGCGCUCGGCCUCCCUCACCCCCCUGUCCCCCACCUCCCCCCUGCCCCCCGCCUACAACACCCAGGCCCAGGACGCCUGCAUCAUCCGCGUCAGCCUGGAGCAAGGCAACGGAAACCUCUACAAGAGCAUCAUGCUGACCAGUCAGGAUAAGACCCCAGCGGUCAUCUCUAGAGCAAUGGCCAAGCACAACCUGGAGGAGGAACAGGCUGAUGACUAUGAACUGGUGCAGGUCAUCUCGGAAGAGAGAGAGCUGGUGAUCCCUGACAACGCCAACGUGUUUUACGCCAUGAACACCUCAGUCAACUUCGACUUCCUGCUCCGGCUGCGCGGCUCAGCGGGGCGGGCGGUUCAACUCCGCAGUCGCUGCAGCUCCACGCUCCCCCGCGCACAACAGCGCAGCAGCCUCUCGCUCCGCCUCAGCAAGGUCACCUUGUGACAUCCCCCCCCCCCCCAACGGGCUGUCACGGGAGGUCAGAGGAAAGAGCUGACGAUGGACCCAAGGGUGGUGUUUGAGGAGUGGGUGGGAGUUUGGACCGUUUUAACUACAUAAGCUUGAGACGAAGGGUGGCAGACACAGCCGUGGAUGUGAACUCUUUAAGGUGUGAUCGAGAUGGUGAUGUUUUUACUCUUAUCCCCCUUUAAGUAUAUCUGCCUGCACAAGCCUGCCUCACUCUCUGCUCUGGCCCCCCCCAGCCUGACCUCCUGCCCUGUAGUAGCCUGUGCCUUCCAUAGCCGCCUUAGCCCUGGAACUUGCCCACGUGGACUGGAGGAUGCCCAGUUAGUCACUGGCACCUGGAUGGAUACGGCCCCAGACCAGGGUCAGGUCUGUUCUUGGUUCUGGCUAGCUGCAAUCUGGUUAGGUGAGCUGCGGAGGAGUUUAUGAGUGACACCCCCCCCCCUGCGGAGGUCGGCCAUGUGGGACUGCGUUGAAGCUCACAUAGUGGGGAAUGGGCAGGGGAAGGGUGAUGAUGACUCCUUCUGCUCACCUCUCCGGUCACAUCCUCCUGCCCACGGUGGGCUGUUAUUGGUUUUGCACACGUGCAGGAGAAGCCUCCUGCUUACCGUCAGUAUUCUACUGCUUUUUAAUGAAAAAGAGACACUUCCCUCGUUCCUCCCCUGCCCCCCCCCCUUUCUCUUUCUCCCUCUUCUGUGAGCCCCACAAGUCUGCCACAAACAUGGAGCACAAGCAGAGGAGGAUGGACCGCAGAGAUAGAUCUCAGAUCCAAUGCCUUGGGCGAAGAUGGAGAAGGAGACUAAUUUCACAUCUGUUGCCUUAAACAGUGAUGAUGAUGAUGAUGAUGAUGAUGAGCUCAAGCAGGAGACAUUUCAGAAGAGACUGAGCUCAGCCGUGCCUUGAGCGAUGAAGACGGAGGAGAACAGGAUGCUUCAGAAAAAGACAGUUCUGAGAUCUGUUGCCCUGAGCGAUGACUGUGAUGGAGGAGGAAAUGCUUCAGAAAAAGACUGUUCUGAGAUCUGUUGCCCUGAGCGAUGACUGUGAUGGAGGAGGAAAUGCUUCAGAAAAAGACUGUUCUGAGAUCUGUUGCCCUGAGCGAUGGUGCAGAUGAGUGGGUGAACUCUCUCUCGUGUCCCUCUCAUAUUAGGAAGGGGAGCAGGAGGAGCCCUGUGAUGAUGAUGAUGAUGAUGAUGAUGAUGAUGCCAUGUUGCUUGCCGUCCGCUCCGUUUGUGCACCGUGUGGUCAAGCGCGGACCCGUGCCUCUCGUGUUUCCUGCGAGCUGUUUGACGAAUGCAGUGGAGAUUGCGUUCUGAUUGGUUCCUACUUGGUUAUAACAAGUCCCAUUCUUUAAUGUAUAUUCUUUCAUUUUUUCUCUCUCUAUUUCACCACUUUUUGGGUGUUUGUCCAGUAUUAUGUUCUCCUAUGAAGGUUGUAGCAGUCACACCAGUUGUUGGUGAGAUACAUUUAUAACUGGUAGUCUGGAACAAGACACCUGUCGGGGUUAACCAUCUGUAUCAGAGUUGCACUUGCCAGAAAGACAAAAAGAGUUCUGUGGGUAUUCCCUGCAAUCGCUCCUGGUCCUCCACUUGUUCUCACAGAAUGAAAGAAAUUGUAUUGUAUUAUAUAUUCUUUGUUUUUUUUUUGUUUUUUUUUUAUGUCAUUUUGUAACACGCAGAGAAAGAAUUAUAAUUCUUAAGAGAGUGCGAGGAGAAAGAUGGGAUGUUUUUAAUUGGUCUCUUUUCGGUCAACCGAAGCCGUGUCAAAAUAAGUAAUGAGAGUAUGCUGUGAAACGUGACCGGAAGCAGACGGUAGUGUUAUUCAGUGUGUGCUUAUUCAAACACAUUUUCGUGAAGAGGUUUCUUUGCCACACACACACCUCCCCCUUACCACUCAAUGGAGUCCCUUAAUUCAAUGAAAUCUAGUCUCAUGGUGCACACAACCCCUUGUCAUAACACUAAAUCACUUGUUCAACCAACCCCCCCCCCCCCCCCCCCCAAACAUACACACACAGUGUUCUGUUUCUCUCAUAGAGGUCAGUCAUUUCUCAGUGUCACUGACUCCCAGUGCACACACUCCAAUCCAAUGCUAUUCACCUCCAGCGUAUUAUAGUACCCCCGCCCACCCCCCUAGUAACACUUGGAGCCCUUCAAGAACUCAAGACUGACACUAAUUCUGCCAUGUUUGUUUAUGUUGCCUCCAGCGCCUCUGCUGCUGCUGCUGCUGCUGCUCUUGUUGACUGUGCCAUAUUCACACAGAUGCUAGCCUACCUGAUGCUUUCAUGCUAACUCGAGUAGCCUAGAGAUGCUGACAGUGACCCUUUUAGACGCAUAUCAGCUAUGUCUGCCUCUCUCGCCGGCCCUUAGUGGAAGCAGUAAGGCUUUACUGGGCUGCUCUGGAGGGACGAGGAGAGACUUUACUGGGUCAUUGUCAUGUAUUUGAUUCAAUGCAGCACUUGUGGAUUUUCCUCAAUUCUCUAUUUUGAGUCUUUUCUUCACUGCCAAAGAAUUCUCUAUCUACAAAUGUCAAUGAAUAAAUUAUUAUUAUUAUCAUUA